ACAAAAUAAAAAAGGAUCCGCCGUCGCAAAAAUCCAGGUUUCUUGAUCUGGGCUUCCAUUUUCUUGAAUUCAAUGAGUUUCAGGGAAGAAGAAGGAGAUGGGAGAGGUGGAGAUCUGAGGAAGCCAUUUUUGCAGACAGGGAGUUGGUAUCGAAUGGGUUCCAGACAGUCUAGUAUGUUGGGCUCUGCCCAAACUAUUAAGGAUUCUUCUGUCUCUGUUUUGGCUUGUGUCUUGAUCGUUGCUUUGGGUCCUAUUCAGUUCGGUUUCACUAGUGGUUACUCUUCACCGACACAAACUGCUAUUACGGAAGAUCUCAAUCUCACAGUCUCGCAGUUCUCCAUAUUCGGUUCUUUAUCGAACGUAGGAGCUAUGGUUGGAGCAAUAGCUAGCGGCCAAAUUGCCGAGUACAUUGGUCGAAAGGGGGUACGACGAAUAUUUCAAUUUUAUUUAUUUUUUCGUAUUUUUACUACUAAAAUCAUGAGUUUCGUAUCUUUUUUCGUUUACUCGCAGUCUCUAAUGAUCGCUGCUAUACCUAAUAUCAUCGGUUGGCUCGCCAUAUCAUUUGCCAAAGACUACUCGUUUCUCUACAUGGGAAGGUUGUUGGAAGGAUUCGGUGUCGGUAUAAUCUCUUACACGGUGCCUGUAUACAUAGCUGAAAUAGCACCUCAAAAUCUCCGAGGGGCUUUGGGCUCGGUGAACCAGCUCUCUGUGACAAUCGGGAUCAUGCUAGCGUAUUUGCUCGGGCUAUUCGUUAAUUGGAGAGUGCUUGCUGUUCUAGGAAUAUUACCUUGUCUAAUAUUGAUACCUGGACUUUUUUUCAUCCCGGAAUCUCCUCGGUGGUUGGCUAAAAUGGGAAUGACCGACGAAUUCGAAGCUUCAUUGCAAGUUCUUCGUGGAUUCGACACUGAUAUUAGCAUUGAAGUUAAUGAAAUCAAGAGAUCUGUUGCUUCAACGAGCAAAAGAGCAGCAAUUCGUUUUGCAGAUCUGAAAAUGAGAAGAUAUUGGCUUCCUCUAAUGAUAGGAAACGGUUUACUUGUUCUCCAACAGCUAUCGGGAACAAACGGAGUCAUAUUUUACUCAACUACUAUAUUUGAAUCUGCUGGAAUUUCGUCGAGCAAUGCUGCAACAUUUGGUGUCGGUGCUAUUCAGGUGAUUGCUACUGCAGUUUCGACUUGGUUGGUGGAUAAAACCGGGCGCAGAAUUCUACUAAUUGUAUCAUCAUCUGGCAUGUCUGUCAGCCUCCUACUUGUUGCCGUUUCGUUUUUUGUUAAGGGCAUGGUAGACGAAGAUUCUUCAUGGUAUGGCAUAUUGGGAAUCUUAUCGGUAGUCGGGGUCGUGUGCUUGAUAAUCUCGUUUUCACUCGGAAUGGGGCCUAUUCCAUGGCUUAUAAUGUCGGAGAUUCUUCCACCGAAAAUAAAAGGCCUAGCAGGAAGUGGCGCGACUUUGGCAAAUUGGUUUUGCUCGUGGGUUAUCACCAUGACCGCACCGUUACUACUAGCUUGGAGCAGUGGAGGAACUUUCACACUUUACACUGUGAUGUGUGUUUUAACAGUGGCAUUUGUGGGAAUUUGGGUCCCAGAAACCAAAGGUAAAACUUUAGAGGAAAUCCAGCAAUCCUUCAGAUGAGACUUUCUUCCAUUUUUAGUAUAUAUAUUUAUAUAUUCUGUAAUUCUAUUAAAAAGAAACAUAUUAUUUUCUGUCUAUAUGGUUUGAUUAUUCAAUUUGUUUCCAUUCAAGAAUAAAAUCUACCCAAUUAUGUAUUUAUAUUCAUAUGUAUUUGUACUUUUGAAUUUAGUAAAAGAAAUAUGCAUACAUGUCUAUUUUAUUUUAUU